AUGGCAGCAGGAGCAGUAGCUGGAACCUGGGUGCUGGUCUUCAGUCUGUGGGGGGCAGUAGUAGACAGUAAGAACAUCACAGCGCGGAUUGGAGAACCAUUGGUGCUGAACUGUAAAGGGGCCCCCAGGAAACCACCCCAGCAGCUGGAAUGGAAAUGGAACACAGGCAGAACAGAAGCUUGGAAGGUCCUUUCUGCCCAGGGAGACUCUUCGGAUAGUGUAGCUCGUAUCCUCCUCAACGGCUCCCUCCUCCUUCCUGCUGUUGGGAUCCAGGAUGAGGGGACUUUUCGCUGUCGAGCAAUGAGUCGGAGUGGCAAGGAGAUCAAGUCAAAUUACCGAGUCCAAGUCUACAAGAGUCCUGGGAAGCCAGAAAUUGUAGAUCCUGCCUCAGAAAUCAAAGCUGGUGUCCCCAGUAAGGUGGGGACCUGUGUGUCAUCAGGGAGCUACCCGGCAGGAACUCUUAGCUGGCACUUGGAUGGGAAGCCCCUGAUAGCUGAUGGAAAAGGAGUGUCCAUAAAGGAAGAGACCAAGAGACACCCUGAGACAGGGCUUUUCACAAUCCAGUCAGAGCUGAUGGUGACCCCAGCCCUGGGAGGAGCUCCCCACCCUACCUUCUCCUGUAGCUUCAGCCCUGUCCUGCCCCGGCGCCGAGCUGUGCAUGCAGCCCCUAUCCAGCCCAGUGUCCUGGCCCCAGAGGUCCAAUUAAUGGUCGAGCCAGAAGGUGGAGCAGUAGCCCCUGGUGGAACUGUGGCCCUGACCUGUAAAACUCCUGCCCAGCCCCUACCUGAGAUCCACUGGAUUAAGGAUGGCACGGUCCUGCCUCUGCCCUCCGGACCCAUGCUGCUCCUCCCGGAGGUAGGGCCCGAGGACCAGGGCACCUACAGCUGUGUGGCCACUUUUCCCGUUCAUGGAUCCCAGGAAAGUCCUGCUGUCAUCAUCAGCAUCACUGAAACAGGCGAGGAGGGACCAACUGCAGGUUCUGUGGGGGGAGCAGGGCUGGGAACCCUAGCCCUGAUCCUGGGAAUCCUGGGAGGCCUGGGGACAGCUGCUCUGGUCAUUGGGAUCAUUGUGUGGCAAAGGCGACGACGAGGAGAGGAGAGGUCCCAGAAAACCAGGAGGAAGAGGAGGAACGCGCAGAGCUAA